AGCACGGUCUGUCCGCCUAAAGCAUCCACUCUUCAGUUGCCUGAUCGGCUGCAUCGGAUUCUGAGAAGAACUCUGUGUUGCAUCCACGGCUGCCUCCUCCACUCGACUACUCUUUAUACUUCUGCACCGGACGAUCGACACAAGCCUUGUCGAUUACUGCCAAUACGUACACUCUGAUAGCGAUCGGAGUCUUGCUUGCCGCCUGCGGUUUAGACUACCAUUCGACCUACGGAUACUCGCCAGCAGCCUAGAUCGACAUCAAUAGCCAGGCAGGCCUCCGUCACUCGACAAGAUACGGCGCGAUGGCGUCUUCCGUGUAUUCGUCGCUGAACACGGCACGCGCUAGAACCUUCGUGCAACGUUUGCCGCUCUUCACACGCCUCGUAAUUCUGAUUGUUGUUCUGGCUUGGGCUGCAGGAUUGCAGUCAACAUGGGAUAUCCGGCAAUGGGGGUCACUGGUCCCUGACCAGCUAUCAUUCACUUCAGCUUACCGGAUCAAUACCUUUCCUUUUAUUCAUGUCAAUCUCAUACACACAAUCUUGAAUAUUUUGGCUCUAACGCCAUUGAUGGACCGAUUUGAAUCAGAGUUUGGCACUUUAACCUCGAUAUCCCUUUUCAUCGGCCCUCUGACAACUAUUCCUGCCGUUGCCUAUACCAUUAUCGAGUUGCUUAUUCUCCGACGAAACACUCCGGUCAUGGGGGCUAGCAUCUGGGUCUUCCUUCUCCUUGGUGUUGAAGCUAUUCGGACAUACAAGACGAACCCUCAUUUGACAAUUGGCACGUGGAAGAUACCGACAUGGACAAUACCGCUGAUCGUAGCUGUAGUGGUUUCAGCGCUUGUACCUGGUACCAGCCUCUUAGGCCAUCUAUGCAGUCUCGGGGUAGGCUACCUUUUUGGACUCGGCUAUCUAAAGUUCCUUGCACCCCCUGAAUGGGCUCUGCGCUGGGUGGAAGCAAAGCUGAAUCUUCUCGGGCGUCUCCCGCACUACGUCAGCGUGGAUCAGAAGACCUACGGCCGUUUUGGUUUGUUGCCGUCAGGUGGGCACGCCAGCAAUAAUGUGCCGAUGUCUCUCGUCGGGUCAUCGCAGCGAUUAGGAGCUUAGGCAAUCACGAGCACACGACUUGCCACAAGCUGCAAUCAUAAUGUACACAUCGACCUUUGCGCUCGGUUGUCGUUCCGGUUUACCUCAGUUUCAGGCGUUUGCGGAGUUGGAUAUGUUGUGGGAUAGAUCGUUUUGCGAAAUACUUGUUCCUCGGCGCACCCGCGAUGGUCCGCACAACUGGUUGUAGUCUUGUGGCGGAUGACAGUAACUGGACUGGGUCUAUUUCACCUGGACUCCGAGCAUUACUGAUGGGAUGGCGGCGCUUUAAUGAGACGCAUCGAAGCAGUGGAUCGUGGCAUACAAUGUAAUGUUUUUUUGGUCCACUUGCC